AGGUUUUUACAAUUCCCUGUUGAGGCAGGGUGAAACAAACCACUCGCAAUUACAGUCUCUUAAGCUGCCAUAAUAUAGGGAAUUUUGUAAGAAUCAAGCAUUUCUGUCACUGAUUCAGCCAUGAAUCUGAUCUUGUGGGGGAUUGUGCUCCUCGGGAUUUACGUCCAGCAAUCAGUUUCGGAGAUGGUGGAGUGUUUUUCAUCAUUUACCCUGUCUACUGGGAAAUGUGGUGAUCUUUUGGGCCAGGUUGAAAAAAACUCCUGUUGCUUGAACCCCAGCUAUGGCUACAAAGAAGCAGAUGGCGUUUGUAGGUUCUGUGGGCGGGCGGCAUGGUCUGAAUGGACUCCCUGGGGCGAGUGCUCAGUGAGUUGUACAGAGGGAGUCAGUCAAAGGCGACGAUCGUGUCACGGAAUUGGCGAUUGCACAGACCCUGAAAAUCUGGGAACGGUUCAAACUAAACCAUGUGUGAAACAACAAUGCUGCCCAGUGAAAGGUGGCUGGUCAGAGUGGGGGAAAUGGCAGAUAUGUUCAGUCACAUGUGGCGAUGGAAUUAGAAAAAGGCAAAGAACAUGCUCUGAACCCAUUCCACAAUGUGGGGGCUCCUGUAGCGGUGAAGAGGAAGAUACCACCCCUUGCUCCACUGAAAUAAUCUGUCCGACUCAUGGUGGUUGGUCCAGUUGGGGAAGUUGGGGUCCAUGUCCAGUUACUUGUCUUUAUGAAGGACACAGUCUUCAAAAAGAACUUCGUAAAAGGACAUGCACCAACCCUACUCCAUCUACCGUUCCACGUGGAAAUGACUGCGAGGGCUCCGACACAGACAACCGCCCUUGCAGCGGGCUACCGUUCUGCCCAGUUAAUGGAAACUGGGGCGCUUGGACAAGUUCCACGUCCUGCUCUGUGACGUGUGGAGUGGGUCAGCAGACUCAAAGACGGAUUUGUGAUUCUCCUAAACCAGCACAUGGUGGAAAACAGUGUCGAGGUGAAGAGCAACAAACUGGUAUCUGCAUCAUUCUUGUCAACUGUCCAUUAAAUGGGAUGUGGACCGAAUGGGGCGAGUGGAGUCAUUGUAAACCACCUUCCACUAGAAAUAUCACAUGCAGAAACAGGGAGGGAAAACGAAGGAGAGAGAGACUCUGUGUUGAUAGUCAACACAAUGGAGACUUAUGUGAUGGAGAGAUUGUUCAACAUGACAACUGCUAUGAAAUUGAUAAAUGUGACAUGAAUGGCGUCUUGUCAGAGUGGAGUGAGUGGAGUUAUUGCAAACCUGAUUGUGGGACAGACUCUAAACAAAUAAGAGAAAUAAAGUGUGUUGCUGACAUCUCUUCAUACAGAUCCCAAGACCGCACUAUUUUUACAGGGACGCCACGUGUUAAAUGUGAGGAUCUGGAAGAACAAAUAGAGAGAAGACCAUGCAAAAAUGUUCCUGAGUGCGUGGAUAAGAGUGCAGAGUAGUUGUUGAAGACAAGAGGACCAGUUGCCGUACACAGUACCUCGCCGGCAGUUGGAAGAACCUCAGCAUGCCAAGCUGUUCUCUUAUGAAAUAUGCUACUAACAGAAAAAUACUUGCUUUGCUAGUCUUUGUUAUAUGGACUGGAUUGAUUGCUGAUUAAUGCACAAAUUUGUAAACUCUGCUUUGUUGCCACAAUAAAGUAUUAAAGUAAAGCAA